AUGAUCAAGGCUAUUCUCGUCUUCAACAACCAUGGGAAGCCUCGUCUUACAAAAUUUUACGAGUUUUACCCUGAAGAUAUGCAGCAGCAGAUAAUUCGCGAAACAUUUCAACUGGUCUCUAAGCGAGAUGAAAACGUGUGCAAUUUUCUUGAAGGUGGAAGUUUAAUUGGUGGAUCAGACUACCGACUCAUCUACCGCCACUACGCCACUUUAUACUUUGUUUUUUGCGUCGAUUCAUCCGAAUCUGAGCUUGGAAUUCUGGAUCUGAUACAGGUUUUCGUAGAAACACUUGAUAAAUGUUUCGAGAACGUUUGUGAACUAGAUCUUAUUUUCCACGUUGACAAGGUGCAUUACAUUCUUAAUGAGCUAGUGAUGGGCGGAAUGGUCUUGGAGACAAACAUGUCAGAGAUUAUUGCCCGAAUCGAGGAACAAAACUGGAUUGAAAAACAAGAGAUCGGAAUCAGUGCCGCACCAGCCGCAGCAGCCAGCCGAGCCGUUUCGUCUUUGAAAAACAUGAACUUGUCUCAACAGCUGAGAGACAUCAAGUUACCUGAUCUUUCCAAUAUCGGGUCGCUUAAAUUUUGA